CCGAGAGCGGAGAGGUGUAGUUGCUUGUAUUCACUAUUCAUAUUUAAUGUCGCUUUUUAUACGCUAAUAAUAUGUAAUUUAUAGUUUGAAUUUACGUUGUACUAAAUUUAAAUGUCGUUGAAACCUAAAUAUGCUUAACUUGGUGUUUGUAUUCAGUUCGUUAACAUUAAUAUAGCUUUUAAUCAAUAUAUUCGGAGCAUCAGAACAUCAAAAUGUAUAGAAUUUCUCAACAUUUGCUUUACUCAGUAGUAUUGUUAUUUGUAUUYCUUGUAACAACUUCAUCUAUAAUUCAAUCUCCACCAAGAAUUGUAAAAGAAUCUAUUACAGAUGAAGUACUAUUUCAAGUAGCUACUGUUCAAAAUCAAAAUGUUAGACCCUUUGUAAUUGAUUGUGAAGCAGAAGGAGAACCUGCUCCAAAGUAUCGAUGGAUGAAAAAUGGUAAGAAUUUUGAUUGGCAGGCAUAUGAUGACAGAAUAGCUCAACAACCUGGCCGUGGUUCAUUAACUAUUACUGAACCUAGAGAUGAAGAUCUAGGACAAUAUCAAUGUUUUGCAGAAAACACUUGGGGUACAGCAACUUCCAAAUCUGUGAUGGUUGUGAAGGCUGAAUUAAAUUCUUUUAAAGAUGAACCAACAAUUUAUGUUGAAGCUCAAGAAGGUGAUCCGUUUAAACUUGUUUGUCAUCCUCCAACCGGAUGGCCUAAGCCAAAUGUUUAUUGGCUUAUAAGGAAUAAAGAUGGUGGCUUAACAACAGUUAACAACACUAGAAUGACAUUAGAUCCAGAAGGUAAUCUUUGGUUUUCAAAUGUAACCAGACAUGAUACUAGUGAUGGAUCUACAUAUUUUUGUUAUGCUGAAUCAUUGACAAUGAGCGAGUAUAMAUUAGGCAACCCUGUAAAUUUGAACGUUAUUCAAACUGCAGAAACAGCUUUACAAAACAAAUAUCCACCUACUCAACAAUAUGUAACUAGAAGAAAUGAAGUAGCAUUAUUGGGUAAAAAAGUUGAAUUGUUUUGUAUUUAUGGUGGAACUCCUUUACCAGAAACUGUUUGGCUCAAAGAUGGUAGGCCUAUACAAUCCAAUGAAAGGGUAAGCCAAGGAAAUUAUGGAAAAAGUUUGGUCAUAAAGAAAGUUAAAUUUGAAGAUAAAAAUGCUAAAUUGGCUUCACUCAAACCAUCAACUAAUUAUCGAAUCUACAUUAAAGCUACUACUAAGGCUGGCGUUGGUGAACCAUUUUUCAUUGAAACACAAACCAAACCUCCCUUACCCGAAGGAACUGAAUUGGAUAAACCAGUAUUCCAUUAUGAGCAUAAAGCUUAUAAUAAUGUUUUUGAUACAAUUCGAAUUUUGUGGACUCCUGAACUUAAAGGAAACCCGGGAUCUCACUUCUUUGUAAAAUACAAACUUAAAGGUGCCAACUUGUACGAGGAAACUAAACCUGAACUUGACAAGAAUUUUAUUGAUGUAAAAGGCUUGAAACCAGGAGAAUUGUAUGAAUUUGUCGUAGUUGCUGUAGAUGGUAAUACCAUGAAAGAAUCAGAUAUUGCUGAAAUUGAGGCAUCAAGCACUGAUCCUAUAAUUAGAAGAAGCGAGAAUAUGGCUACAUCAGGAUGGUUUAUUGCAAUGCUGUUAGCUUUGUUAUUCCUGAUUAUCCUGUUAAUUAUUGUAUGCAUAGUAAAACGUAAUAGAGGAGGAAAAUAUGUAGUACAUGAAUCAGAAGCAGCACGUGGUAGACAUGAUUAUCCUGAUGAACCUCAUUUUCUUGAAUAUUCUCAACCACUUGGUGGUGCAAAAAGAUUAGGAAGUGAAAAACAGUCUCCAGAAAGUGAUACUGACUCAAUGGCAGAGUAUGGUGAAGGAGAUACAGCUCAGUUUACGGAGGAUGGAUCUUUUAUUGGUCAAUAUGGUACAGCUAGAAAAAAUCGGCAACAGCAAUCUCAACCUCAACCACAACCUCAAACUCCACUUCAAGCUGUCACUGGUUCGUCCUCUGCUGCCACUUAUGUUUAAUUUUUGACAAAUAUUUUUGGCAUUUACUCAUUUGCCUAGAUAAUACAUAAAAUAUUUUUAUGCAUUUUUAACAAAUCUUCCCUGCCCUAAAACCAAAGCUUUUCAUGUCAGUAUUACUGUUUUUUAUUUGACCAAUAAUGCUUUAAAAAUAUUUGAUUGUAAAGAUACAGGCUAUAUUGUUGUCUUUUGUUGUAACUAAUGGUUGUAUUUUUGUAACGUGUCUAUUAAUUUCAUAUUAGAAUUCCUUGUCUGUGAUAAAAACGUUUUUCAGUUCAUGAUGAAAAGAAAUAGGAACAUUAGAAAAACUAAGUAACUUAACCAUUUAAUUUCAAUUGGAAAGAAGAAAUAGUAUUAUUUUUAAUAUAUUAAAACAAGAAAUUCAUACAUAUAUAAAUAUAUUUAAUUUAAAAUCGGAAUUUUGUAUUCAUACCAUACCAAUUAUUAUAGGCAUUACAACUUUUUAUUUUGUGCCACAGUCAUUCUUAGGAUGGUUUGGUUGUUGUUGUGAUUAAUUCUGUUAAUUUAAUUAUUAAUAUUAAAAUGCACGCUAUGCCUGCGCUUCAUUUAACACCUUUUUAAAUAUUUGUUAUGUUAUA